UUAUAUGAUAAUAUUGCACAUAUAUAAAUAUUUAGUAUUUUACAGGUUUUCUCGGUGUUUAACCAAAUUGAAAACCAAUAGUCUAUCAAUUUGAUUUAUUUGGUUAAAAUCUCCAGUUUUGUAAAUGUUGCCAAGACAAUAUUUCACUUUAGUAAACUGACUGGUUGACAUCAUCGGUUGUUGUCACAAAACAUGCACAAGCUCAAGUCAUCGCAGCGGGAAAAAGUUCGACAGUUUAUUUCACUGACGAAUCUGAGUGAAAAAUCUGCAAUCUCAUGUUUAGCGAAGCAUGACUGGAGAUUGGACAUUGCUUCUGACAGUUUUUUCAGUGAACCAGAAUCAUAUGUCGUGAGUGAUAGAAGAUCACAUGUUGAAAGGAGGAAACUGGAAGCGUUAUUUAAUGCAUUAAAAGACCCAUUAGAUCCGGAUAAAGUUGGUGUGGAGGGAAUUUCAAAGUUUUGUGAAGAGUUACAGGUAGAACCAACUAGUCGCAUUGUUCUGAUAAUUGCAUGGAAGUUCCGUGCAGCUACACAAUGUGAGUUCACCAAAAAGGAAUUCUUUGAAGGAAUGAUGGAGCUUGGGUGCGAUGACCUGUCAAAGCUCAGGAUAAAACUUCCAGUUCUUGCAAAUGAAAUUACAGAUAAAAACAAGUUUCGUGACUUCUAUCAAUUUACUUUUAACUUUGCUAAAAAUCCAGGACAAAAAGGGUUAGAACUGGAAAUGGCAAUAGCAUACUGGAAUAUUUUACUGAGUGAUCGCUUCACUUUUCUUGACUUGUGGGCAGAAUAUCUUGAGACUCAUUACAAGCGGGCCAUACCACGAGACACAUGGAACUUGCUCCUCGAUUUUUCACAAAUGAUAUCAAGUGAUAUGUCAAAUUAUGAUGAAGAAGGUGCAUGGCCAGUUUUAAUAGAUGAUUUUGUUGAAUGGGCAAAGCCAAUUAUACAAGAACAAAAUUCGAUGUCAUGAUGAUGAAUACUCGCUGUUUCUUAUGAAAUAGAAAUCAACCGCAUUGUUUGUUCCACCUUAGCUCCUCAAUCCACAUUUCAAUUUUGUGAUUCAAGUUUCCCUAGUUUUUUAUAGAAUAAUAAUUUCUUACUUUGCUGAGCUAUUAAAUUGUUUAAAUAACCAAUUGUUUUCCAAAACCUUAAUUUAAAUUUAAUUUAAAAGUUUUCAAAAUUCUGAUUUGAUAGUAUCACUUUCCCUGAAUGAUCUUUAAAGCUUUUAUUUGUGCAUUGUAAUGUCAUUGUUUGGUGUCCGCGUUUUGAAAGCUACUUGUAUUUAAGCAUACAAUGUUAUUUGUUUUAUUUAUAUUUUGCGCGGAUUGUUGAUGCAGGCAUAACCGUAUUAAAUUCUGCAAAUUACUUUGUUUUAAAAUGAAAAGCAUACAUUAAACUAGAAGGUUGAAGAA